AUGUCGUUUAAGGCAACUAUUACCGACCCUGGAAAGCAAAAUAUCUGGUUUCGUGCGAUAUACGUGCUAUCUACAAUUCAGGAUGAUAUCAAGAUUACCGUGACAACAAAUGAGUUAAUUGCUUGGUCAAUGAACGAAACGGACACUACACUUUGUCAGGUCAAGUUUCAGAAAAGUUUUUUUGAGGAGUACGAAUUUAAACCACAUGAGAUUGUAUUUGGAGAAAAUGGGGUCCAAGUUAUAGAAGACACAUACGGCAAUAGUCAUAAGUUAUAUUCCUUCCGUGUUAAUGGAAGGCACCUAACGACUAUAUCGAGAAAACCGGAUGGUGACGGUAUCAAAUCUUUCACCAUUGCAGUCAAUAAUACUUCUACAUGUCCUGAAUCACUUGCAAAUAGAUUAAUUGUGGUGAUUGAGAUGGACUCGCUAAUAGUAAAAGAAUACUGUCCCCAAUUCCAGCCAAUAAAGUAUGAUCCCAUAAUAAUCAACCUCAAGUACAAAAGAAGGUUUUUGGAUGUUUUUGGAACUGCAGCUUCCGAUCGGAAUCCACAGGAACCGUUGGACCCCAAGCUAUUGGACGUUUUUACAAAUACAGAACGUGAGCUAACAUCAGCUCUAUUUAAUGAAGAAGUGGAAUCAGACAUACGUAAAAGGAAUCAGUUAACAGCAGCUGAUGAAAUCAAUUACAUUUGUUGUAAUUCAACAUUAUUGAAAAAUUUUUUGGACAACUGCAAUGUUAAUGUAACUGAUGAAGUAAAAUUGGAAAUUAACGUCCAUAGAUUAAGCAUAACUGCGUUCACAAAAGCCGUCUAUGGAAAAAACAACGAUCUUUUAAGAAACGCAUUAAGCAUGAGCAACACUAUCAGUACGCUCGAUCUUGAGCAUUACUGUCUAUUCACAACAAUUGAAGAUGAAAAACAAAAUAGGCGAUCACAUAGUAAGCGUAAAGAGCAUAUGAAAAGUAUAACGUUCAAACUAAAGGACUUCAAAAAUUUCAUAACGAUAGGUCCAUCCUGGAAGAGUGCCCAGGGCGGAAAUGAUAACAUAAGUUUAUGGUUUUGUCACCCUGGAGACCCUAUUCUUAUGCAAAUGCAAAAACCGGGCGUGAAACUAGAAUUGGUUGAAGUUACUGACAGUAACAUCAGCGAUGAUCUCUUAGCGGGGAAGUUCAUAAAGGCGGCCAUCUCAGAUUCAAAAGAAGAGGCUAGACAGAAAGAUAAUAAGGAAGGCUGUGGCAGCCCAUUAAGAAGCAGGACUGCUUUAAAGAGAGAAAAUCAACCACAUUCGGUUACUGGAACUCGAAAUAGUCCUUUGAAAGCAUCUUCUCAAGCCCCUGAUAAUGGUAGCGCAGUUACCAAGACCUAUAGAAGUAACACGGCAAGAAAGUUAUUUGUAGAAGAACAAAGCCAAAGUACGAAUUAUGGAAGAGACAAGCUGUUUGAACAGGCUUUUUCAGCUCAUGCAGACAUAAAUCAGGAACAAAGUCUUGACACUAACGAGACUCAUGGAGUGGCCUGUCUACUUAACCAGGCUAAUCCUUUAAAAAGGUCAGUAGCCAAAAUUUGUGAUGAAGCUGAAGGCUCCACCCAACAAUCUACAUUUGCAAAAAGGGCUGAUACCACUGUGACUUGGGGAAAAGCGUUACCAGCUGCCGAUGAUGAGAUUUUAUGCAGCAAUGCUGAUAGAAAAGAAAUGCUCAAGAAAGAAAAACUGAAGCAUGUGCAGGGCUUGAUAAAGUCCAAGAAUGACACAAAUAAUCACAAAAAACAGGAUAAUAAGGAAGAGGAAGAUGGACUGGGUCUCACACAAGUAGAAAAGCCAAGGGGUUUAUUUGAUUAA